GAAUAAAAUAGGGCGAGGAAAAAGGCGAUAGGAUAUAGUUAGUUAGCAAUGGCACACACUCUAACACUAAGCCCCAUCUCUUACACUCUCGCUAAAACCCUAAACCCCAUUUCUCCAUUCCACAACACUCUUCCCUUCUCCUCUUCAUUCCUUUCUCGCCCCAACCUCACUCGCCGGACCCUAUCCCGCUCCGUCCUGCGCUCCGCCGCUGCCCAAUUCUCAGCCACCGUUGACGACGACGACGACGACAACUUGGACGAGCUCGAUCUCAUCGCCCUCGAGCAAGAAGCCAAGGACGCUGCCGAAGCGUAUUCAACCUCUCUCUCUCAAACUUUGACCAUCGAAGACGAGGAGAAAAAUGAUGGCAAGGAAACAGCUCAAUCCCGCAGGAAGAGUGCACGUACAACAAAAUUUAUCCCUGACAAUCUUCUCCCAAGGGUUGCAAUUGUUGGAAGGCCAAAUGUUGGCAAAUCAGCAUUAUUUAAUCGACUUGUUGGGGGAAACAGGGCUAUCGUGGUGGAUGAACCUGGGGUUACCAGGGAUCGUUUAUAUGGUCGAUCAUAUUGGGGAGAGCAUGAAUUCAUGGUUGUGGACACCGGUGGGGUUCUCACUGUUUCAAAAUCACAAGCUACUGUUAUGGAAGAGCUGGCUAUUACUACUACCAUUGGUAUGGAUGGCAUUCCACUUGCUGUUAGAGAGGCAGCUGUUGCCAGGAUGCCCUCAAUGAUAGAGAGACAAGCAACUGCAGCUGUGGAAGAAUCACCUGUUAUUAUUUUCCUGGUUGAUGGUCAGGCUGGUCUAACAGCAGCUGAUGAGGAGAUUUCUGAUUGGCUACGUAAAAACUACUCAGACAAAUGUGUUAUUCUUGCAGUUAACAAGUGUGAAUCUCCACGCAAAAGAAUUAUGCAGGCGUCUGAAUUUUGGUCCCUUGGAUUUGAACCACUACCAAUAUCAGCUAUCUCAGGGACUGGAACUGGAGAGCUUCUUGACCUUGUUUGUUCUGGGCUACAGAAAAUUGAGGAAUCAAAUAAUCUUGUUGUAAAAGAAGAUUAUGUUCCAGCAAUUUCAAUUGUUGGAAGACCAAAUGUUGGCAAAAGUAGCAUUUUGAAUGCACUGGUUGGUGAGGACAGAACAAUAGUCAGCCCCAUCAGUGGCACUACCCGUGAUGCUAUUGAUACUGAAUUUACUGGACCGGAUGGACAGAAAUUCAAGCUUAUUGAUACUGCUGGAAUCAGAAAAAGAACAGCCAUAGCUUCAGCUGGAAGUACAACAGAGGCUUUAUCAGUGAAUCGAGCAUUUCGUGCUAUUCGUCGUUCUGAUGUUGUUGCUCUUGUCAUCGAGGCCAUGGCUUGUAUCACAGAACAGGACUACAAGAUAGCUGAAAGGAUAGAAAAAGAAGGGAAAGGUUGUGUGAUAGUUGUAAACAAGUGGGAUACAAUACCAAACAAAAACCAGCAGACUGCAGCAUACUAUGAGCAAGAUGUCAGGGAGAAGCUUCGCUCACUUGACUGGGCUCCAAUUGUUUAUUCUACUGCUGUAGCUGGUCAUAGUGUUGACAAGAUUAUAGUUGCUGCUAGUGAAGUUGUAAAGGAGAGAUCAAGAAGACUAGGCACUUCUAUCUUGAAUCAAGUAGUUCAGGAAGCAGUAGCUUUUAAGCCUCCUCCCAGGACACGGGGUGGAAAAAGAGGGCGUGUUUACUACUGCACUCAGGCUGCUAUAAGGCCACCUACAUUUGUGUUUUUCGUCAAUGAUGCAAAACUUUUUCCUGAGACUUACCGGCGCUAUAUGGAGAAGCAACUGCGCACAGAUGCAGGUUUUCCUGGUACACCCAUUCGACUUCUGUGGCGCAGCAGAAGGAAAAUAGGAAAAGAUGAAGGCAAAGCUGUAACAAAAACCCAAGAGAAUCUUAAAUCAAAUGAUCGAAAAUUGGUAUCAACUACACCAUAGCAUCAGACAUUUUAUCAUGGAAGAACUGGCUGUUAUUCUGUUCGUGUUGGAAAAUGAAAUGGCUUUAUCUGGGACGGGGAUUACUUAUUUACUUAAAUGCUUGUGCUUCCUGAAAUCGAUCAAGGUUAGGAAAAGCUCCACAAGGACAGGAUGGGUUCCUGAAGUUUGGAUGAGCAUCUGUCCUAUUUAUAGUAAUCGUCAUCCUGUAAUUCUUCAGUAAGAACUAUGUAUUUAUCGGAUCGUAACUUGUUCCCUGUCAACAGCUGCAUUGUACAUUUAUCUAUAGAAGUAGUUGUUGAAUCAAAUGUAAGUUCUUGGAUUUCUAAUUGUGACUCUUUAUUCAAAUAUUUAAGCUGGUAUCUGGAAUGGUGCUUUUGUUUUUGCUAAGCAAUUGUAAGUAAUUUUUCAAGUUA